AUGGUCAAAUCGGCUAGUGGGACUGGGGAGACUCCGGUCACGCCAGGAAACGAUGUUCCAACUGCCAACCUUGGGACUGAGGUGAUUGCGGUUCAAGCGGCUUCAACCAAAAUGCUCGAAAGCACCAGCGACUUCCCAAGUUCAUCUUUUGAGGAAAUAUUAUUUGCCUUGUUGAAUCUGUCAACAUUUACGGAGCAGCACCGCAAACAGGGUGAUGCCCAGGAAGUAUCAGAACUUCCUCGAACGCCGCAAUCCUCCCAAACGAGUGGACGCUUGCACCAAGGUUCCCGGCGCGUAUCGCAUACUGUCGGAAAAUCAAGAAUGCAAGAUGAGGAACUCAAAUUCGUGCUAGAGAAAGGAAACGAACUAGCCAAGGCAAAUCUUAGGAGGCUGUCUUCGCUCGAGGAAGACGACAGCACGGCAUGGGACCUACUGACGCAAAGUCUCAUCUCGGCUUCCGCAAAUACUACCGUCAGUCCAAAUCUUCGCCUGCAGGCAAGCGCAAUUUUGAAUUCUCUUGUAUUUUCUACAAUGAAACAAAGGGACGAAGACGACGAGAAAGUCUACAAUCAAGUGCAGACGAGGAACCUGCAGACACUGAAAGCCCUGGUUGCCUCGCUCUAUGCAUCGGACAUGCACACCUCCAAGUCUUUACCGAUAACCGUGAUUGAAAUACAUGAACAGACUUUGGAAGUGUUAAACAACAUUCUGGAACAGUAUGCAGAAACUUUCGUGGACGGGUGGCACCUCAUCUUCGAUCUGAUAUCUGGUGUUUUCCAACUUGCUCCAGAUCUUGGAACUGGGGACCAGUCUUCCACUCCGAUAGAGCGCAGAUCAUCGGCUCUUCCAGCAGGCCCUCGUCUGGUACGCGCUGCGUAUAAGUCUUUGCAUCUUGUCGCAUCCGACUUCCUUUCGCUGUUACCAGCGCCCUGUCUCUUGAGCUUGGUGAAUGCCUUCUCUAGCUUUGCGUCUCAACCCCAGGAUUUCAAUAUCUCCCUCACCACCACCUCGUUUUUCUGGAACGUUUCGGACUUUCUGCAGGGCCAGAUUGAACAGAUCUCAAUUGGCCAUGUUGAUGUAUCCGUCAGCGAAGAAGAGCUAGCCAAACUGGCUCAUGAAGAAGACCCUUCUAUUUCCCGGAACUCGUUGUGGCUGCUGCUGUUGCUUCGCAUUGUCGAUAUCACGACAGACAGUCGGCCUGAGAUUCGAAAUAGCGCAGUCCAUACGCUCCUGCGUAUCUUCGACGCCUACGGGCAGCAACUCUCCCCCGAAGCGUGGCGUCUCUGCCUAAAUAUGGUCCUCUUUAAGAUGGCCGAGGGUAUUGAGACCCCUCUACUUCAAGCAAAGAACAAUCCGAGCAGUGCAAAAUCCGAUGAUUUCAAGGCGUGGGUGGAUACGACAGUGGUGAUGAUCAAGGGUUUAUCAAAUUUGAUCACGAAUUUCUUCGAGACUCUUAUGCACGAUGAGAUGUUCGAUCAAUCAUGGAAGCGGCUUUUAAAGUACUUGCAAAGUUUGAUUAACUUGCAUAUUUUGGACUUCAGCGAGGCCACAUUUUUUAGCCUCUCAGCAAUCCUCCUCCGGGUGCAGAAUGGAGGUGAACUUAGCAACGAUGCUCUUGAGUGUGCAUGGCUUCUUUGGGCGAACGGACACCCUGCUGGCGACGAGAAGAUGCUUGACUUGGACCAACCUAAUCAGGAUGCUGCUUUGGCCUAUUUACAUACAUUCCAACAGGUCUAUCGUCUUUACAAAGACCAGCUGACCAUGAAACACAUCGAAAACGUCCUUCAUCAUCUCAGCUUGCUUGUGUGGAACUCAGUCUCCCCGCGUUACUCUCCAGAUGUUGACCGACCUUCGGCCCUGCAAGCCCCCGGUGGCGACACUAGAAGACCAGCGUUCGUGGCCUUCUCGAAAUGCACAAUCGAUCUUGUUAGCUGGUACAUUGCCGAAUUCGGCAUCAAGCAAGACGUCUUUACGAAUGGUGCUCUUGCAAAAUCCCUCGAACACCUCGGUGCUCUGAUUGUGCAAAAGUACACAUGGCAAGGGAAGGACCGCGAGCCGUUCCUAUGGCAAAAGGCCACAACAGUAUCUCUGAACGUUCUCCAUGUUGCGGUCCCCUACGUGGAAAAGCAAUACACAAAGACAAGCGAGUCCGAAACAUCCCAGUUCUGGCGACGCAUCGUCGACAUCACAAAUGGAAUUGUUUCCGCGCGCGGCUUCCAAACCCAACAACUCCCGAACGCUCGAAUCACCGCAGACGAAGCAUUCGAUAUCAAAGCCUUCACCCGCCUGAAGACUCUCAUUCUCCCAUCCCUCGGAGCAGCAGCAAUCCCAGACGCCGUCCGUCGCGACUUCGCCCGCGCUCUCUUCCACUCAUCUUUCAUCUACGCCCCCCUCCGCUUCGACCUACCCACCAGCGGCCUCGAAAACGCACCCUUACAAGACUUUUACACAGUACGCCCCGGCCGCACCUUCGACCCACCGCCAACCCUGCGCCCAGGAAUAGCCUACGUCCUCCUAGACACGCUCUUCGAGCUCGCGGCACACUCGCAAGCCAAGGCCGAGACAAAAGCCGACGCCCCGUCCCCGCAGACUCUGCUCGCCCGCUCGAUUUCGCCGUACCUCCUCCUGCGCUGCGCGAUCUCGCUCAAGUCGUAUAUCGCAGACCAGCCGCUGCGCGGCUUGAUGCCCCAGCCCACGCCUGCCCGCAAGGCCCUGCUCCAUCUGCUGCUCCGCAUGGUGGAGCUGAAGAGUGAGCCGUCGGCUAUCCCGGAUCCGCCUUCGCUGAAGACGGUCUCGGUUGCCGAGGCUGGGGAUGCGGAGGAGAACCAUUAUCGGAAACAUCUUGAGUGGAUUUAUCCGUUGAUUGUGCGCGCUGUGCAGGUCGCUGGUAAAGAGCGUGAUGAUGGGCAGAUUCUCCAGGCGCUGGGGAAGGUGUUGCAGGAAAUUGGUAGGUUUGAGUAUUAG